UGUGAAUGGAAGUUGGGAACUCACUGCGAAGAACAAGACCUGGGCAAAUUACAGCGAGUGUGCAAAGUUCUUCACACACUACAGUCAGAACAAGGAGAGGGAAGUGUUUGACAGACUAUACCUCAUCUACACCGUCGGAUACUCCAUCUCAUUCGGCUCACUCAUGGUGGCCGUCGUCAUUCUCGGAUACUUCCGGCGUCUGCACUGUACGAGGAACUUUAUCCACAUGCACCUGUUUGUGUCGUUCAUGUUGCGAGCAGUCAGCAUCUUUGUUAAAGACGUUGUUCUGUAUUCGGAAUCGAACUUUGAUGAGACUCAACGAAUCACAGUCGAGGAUCUGAAAUCCAUCACUGAGGCUCCGCCCACUGAAAAAACUAAGUUUAUCGGCUGUAAGAUCACUGUCACGCUCUUCCUGUACUUCCUUGCGACAAAUUAUUACUGGAUCCUGGUGGAAGGCCUUUAUCUCCACAGCCUCAUCUUCAUGACCUUCUUCUCUGACAGGAAGUACCUCUGGGGCUUCACUGUCAUUGGCUGGGGCGUCCCCGCUAUGUUCGUCACCAUAUGGGCAAGUGUUCGAGCCACUCUCGCUGACACUGAAUGCUGGGACCUGAGUGCUGGUAAUCUGAAAUGGAUCGCGCAGAUCCCCAUUCUGACAGCCAUCGCGAUUAAUUUCCUGCUCUUCUUGAACAUCAUCCGAGUUUUGGCUACGAAGCUGAGGGAGAGUAACGCGGGCCGCUGUGACAGCAGACAGCAGUACAGGAAGCUGCUGAAGUCGACGCUGGUGUUGAUGCCGCUGUUUGGCGUUCACUACAUCGUGUUCAUGGCAAUGCCGUACACGGAGGUGUCCGGAGUCCCCUGGCAGAUUCAGAUGCACUGCGAGAUGCUCAUUAACUCCUUUCAGGGUUUUUUUGUUGCGAUUAUUUACUGCUUCUGUAAUGGAGAGGUCCAGGCGGAGAUUAAGAAGUCGUGGAGCCGGAGGACGCUGGCGUUGGACUUUAAGCGGAAAGCACGCAGCGGUAGUAGCACGUACAGCUACGGCCCGAUGGUUUCCCACACCAGCGUGACCAACGUGACGUCGCGGCAGCGUGACGUCAGCAUGCGGCUUACGCCUGCUAAUGCUACUGCUACCACCAACGGGCACCGGAACCUUCCGGGCUAUGUGAAGAACGGCUCAGUGUCGGACCAGUCCAACCCGUCAUCUGCUCACGAACUCCACGUGCAGGAGGAUGAGCCGUCCAAGAUGGUGAUGGACGAAAAACCCGCUCCGUUGGUGGAGGAAGAGCGGGAAACGGUCAUGUGACUUGAUAGCUGUUACAAAGAACCUCAGGAUCUGCUCUCGGAGGAGUUUGCUCUAUAAGCCUAGUGUUUAAAGGCUAAUGAAGGAACUCUGGACCACCAGCAGAAUUCAGAAGACAAUAUUCAAAAUUCAUUGCUCUCAGAUGAAGAUGAUAUUUAAUAUGUACAAUAUUGUAUAAAUGUAUUCUGUAUAGUCAAAUGUGUGAUUACGUGGUGCAUUUUUUUUGGAAAAAAAAAUCAGGUGUUUUUACGUUCUUCUCACGUGAGUACUUUAGAGAAAACUCAUUUUUUGUUGUUGUUGUAGCUGAAACUUUUUAAGGUAAUUUUUUUUGAAGUAACCAUAAUAACUUCAGGUAUCUUCAGGUUCAUGUCGCUCGUUAUCGAGCUUCUCACACAAGUUUAUCAUUUCACAUGGAAGUCGUAACGUUUACUUUUACACCAGAAUAAUCCUUCAGUUAGUUUUUUUAAGAAAAAAAAAUCUCUUAAAGAAAAAAUCUUUCAUGAAACGUUUUAAAGAACACGUGACCUUUUUCAGACCUACAGCAUCUCAGCAAAUCCAUCUCGUUCCUAGAAUCCUCCAUUUCUGUGCUUCAUAGCCGUUAGCAUGCGCGUGUCCGUACUUGUCGCUAUGUUGUCGUUGCUUAGCAUUGAAACGCUGGCUUGUUAAUUUCCCCUCUAGUUUGAAAAUGUUUGCUAUUUGUCAGAUUUAUUUGGAGGUCAAAUUGAUGUAUGUUUUUGUCAUGACCUCACUUCCUCUCAAGGAUUCCACACAUUCACUCAUUACAUACAGACAGUUUAGGAAAUAAGCUAACAGGAAGAAGGAAGAUGCAGCUAAUCAGCUAGUUUUUGUCACAUAACUAGCUAACUUAGCUAACCCUCUAUUCUGCUAACAAUAGCUAGCACUAAUUGACGGCAAAAAACUGGAACUGAAUUAUCUGAUUGGAAAAUCUAAUGAAUUCAUAUAAAGACAUUUCUAUUUUGAUUUUAUUUAAACAUCCAGUGUUUCAUUAUCGCUUAAACUUUGUCAGUUUCAAUUUUAUCUCCUUUUGCAGAUUAACCUUCAUCUCAAAACAAAUGUUAUAUUUAUUUAUUGGAUUUUUUAAAAAAAUGUAUAGUAAAAGCUUAAAAUCCGUAAAUCGACUCAGUGUGUAAAAGUGUGUCAAGGUUUGCAUUCGUGCAGGUCAAAAUGUUUACAAACAAAAUUAAAAAACCUAAAACAGAAAAAUGUUGGUAUUGUGCGUGAAAAGAGCCGCCGUUGUGCUAACGCUUCUGUAACGUUAUGGCAACUAGAAAGGGAUCUUAGUGCUACGGUACACUGACGACUUAUUAAAGUGACAUUGCUAGUUGACUUUUACACAAUCAAACUUAAAGCUUCUUAAAACUAAACAUAAUCCUCAGCUGGCUGGCUAGCUGUCUGCACAGCUAAGUAACUGAAUAUUUCAUCUAGCAAAAUUUGUUCUAGUUUAAAGAAAACAUCCUAAAUAUUUGUCGGUUGCUAACUAGCUAACGGAGCAUGUUAGCUAGCUCUAGACCCAGGAUACUUUUACAUUGAAGGUUUAUUUUACUCACUUGAGGAAAAUGAUAUGAUAUGAUCAUAUGAUCAUUUUGGAACAUUUAAUGGAAUUUUUUUUAGAAAGAAUUUUAUUAAAUUAGCAAUGUUGCUUUAAAAAGUUACAAAGUGUGUUGUUGUUUUUUGUUUGUUUGUUUGUUUGUUUUUACACGUAAUUGUUUUCAGAAAUUAGCAGAUUUGAAAGCUUUCAUAUUUUGUUGUGCUUUAUUUUACAAAAAUCUGUUGCAAGUGUCUAAAAUAGUAUGCUUUUUUAUUUUAAAAACUGUAAAAGUGUCAUGGUCUUUAAAAUUCUUUUUAUUUCCUGUAAAUAUUUUAAAAGGUAAAACAUU